AUGGUCGAGCGGCCGGCGGACAGGCGGUGGCCAGCGGCGACGAGGCGCGAGCUUCGUUACAGCAAGAAGAAGAAAAAAAUUAUCGCGUCCGGAAUCCGGCCGCGAUAUCGCCGGAUUCCGGACGCGAUCACGACCGGAAUCCGGUGGGAUCGCGGCCGGAUUCCGGCGCGUCAGGAGAAAAUUACGGCGACCUUCUAUAUAACGAAGCACAUAUACAACGGAAGGACUCGGUACGUGAAGUCGCAAGCUGCUCUAACGAUCGAGAUGGCAGAGGAAGUGAGCUACGUCGACGUGGCAACCUCCAUUUCGGUGGAAAACGUCCAAGCUCUCGCUGCCGUCGUCAGCGACGUCCCUCCCCGCUACCUCCGUCCGGAUGUCGCCGCCGACCCCGUUGCUCCGCCCAAUUACCAAACCUCCCUCCCGGUAGUCGACCUCCGCAAGCUCCUCGACGCCAGCUCCCACCGCGAAGAGGCCGCCAAACUCCACGACGCCUUGUCGCAGUGGGGCUUCUUCCAGCUGAUCAAUCAUCAAGUGCCCGACGAGCUGAUCGAGCAACUGAAGUCGGACAUGGCGGAGUACUUCAACCUCCCUCUAGAAGAGAAGAAGACGUUCGCGCAGCUACCCGACGGCUUACAAGGAUACGGCCAGGCGUUCGUCGUGUCCGAGGAUCAGAAGCUGGACUGGGCCGACAUGCACUUCGUCAUCACUCGACCCAUCCACCGGCGAAAUAUGAGAUUUUGGCCCACUCAUCCUCCUUCCUUCAGGGGGACGCUGGAGAGCUACAGCGUGGAGGCGAACCGAGUGGUGAGCAUCUUGCUGGCGGUGAUGGCUGAGAGUUUGGAGGUGGCGGAGGAGGAGCUGAUGGAGGCGUUCGAGGGGAUGCCGCAGGGGAUGAGGAUGAAUUACUACCCGCCGUGCCGGGAAUGCGAUAGGGUGGUGGGGCUGUCGCCACACACCGACGGAGCCAGCUCGUUAACUCUGCUGCUGCAGGCCAACGACGUCAACGGACUGCAGGUCAAGCACGAGGGUUUAUGGGUUCCGGUGGUGCCGCUGCCUGGAGCGUUCAUCGUCAAUGCCGGCGACAUCCUCGAGGUACUGACCAAUGGAAAAUACAAGAGCGGCGAGCAUAGAGCCAUGAUAAAUCCCAACAAAGAGAGACUCUCAAUUGCUACAUUCCAUCUUGCAAAAGAUGAUGGACGGAUCGGACCGCUUCCAGGGAUACUGAAAGGCGACAAAGAAAAUUUCGUUACCUGGAGCUACAAAGAGUAUCAAAAGGCAUUCUUGACUACUAAAUUGGAUGGAGCAAAUAUUUUGGAAAAGAUGAAGAUAAAUUAAAUCAUACGGAGGAGGAGAAAUUAUGAAGAUAAAAUAAGAUAUAAUG